AUGGCGACGAGUCGAUGGGGUGCCCUUCUCUCACAGGCUGUAGCUGGUGUAGAGGCAAAGCUCGAUACCCUCCUUGCCGACAGUGACAGCAGCAGCUCGCAGCAGAACGAAUCCAAGCCGCCAACUCCAUCACCAGCUAAACAAACCCCUGCAGCCCCGAGAACCUCUACGUCAUCCAGCCGUGCCAAUGACCGCCUACAGGAAAAGUUGGCCAGGGCCAUGGCCGCUAAGGGGGUUGGCCGUGGUUCCCUUUCUGCCCAGGCGAGCCCGCGACAAAGCAUCGAUGCUCCUCGUCGUGACUCCACCGACAGCAUAGACCGAACAGGCACUCUUGCGAAAGAUCUGUCAAAAGACACCCAAUCACCACGUUGUUCACUUGAUGUUACGACAAAAUCAUCAGAGGACAGUGCACCAAGCUUGGAAAAGGCACUCUCAGAAGUUAGGGGAAAAGACUUUUCUAGUCUACCACAGGAAGCAAAUGGAGCAAGCAGCUCGACGGAUGCUCAGCCUGAUGCUAUCACCUCUCCCCCUGACACUGUGCCAGCUGCAGUUGCUUCGGAGCCUGUCCCGAAGCCGGACAUUCAGUCACCCCCAGAUUCUUCUACUGACGAAGAUCUGUUGAAGGAGGACCGACAGGGCAGCGAUGAGAGCCAACGUCGGCAUCAAGAGGAGAUUCAUAGCUAUGUGGAGCGCAUCGAUGCCCUGGAAGCAAAGCUGCAGUUCCUGGCAAGGGAAGCCACAGAGUCAGCUAGGAAAGCGGCUCUUGCUGCCCCCCCGGGAAGCCUGGAGAAGAAACUAGCCGAGAAGGACCAGCAAAUAGCACAGCUCAUGGAAGAGGGGAAGAACCUGGCUAGCACAGAGCAGAAUCUCCGUGCAGCACUAAAGAAGUUGCGAGCAACGGUUGCUGAUAAUGAAAAGGAGCUGAACAACCUACGGACUGCUAAGGAUAAGUCUGAAAAGGAGAUUGAAGCCCUGCGUGGCCGUGCACGCCGCGCUGACGAGCUUGAGAAAGCACAAGACGACUUACAAAAACGUCUUGAACAGGCCCAGAAGGAGCUCAACAGCUUGCGUCCUGAAAUCCGCUCCAAGGACAACCUCAUUGCGGAGCUUCGUACCCAGUUACAGAAGGCCACAGAGCAGGCUGAAGCCAUCUCUGCCAAGGUCAAUGAACAAGAGCGUGAGAAAGACAAGCGUCGGAUUGCCGACCUCGAAGAAGAGGUUGCUGCACUCAAGGUAGAAAAGAAUCUUGUCGCUGAUCGUGCUAAGGCACAAGCAGCUGAACUGCGCGAGAAAGCCGAGCGUGCCAAUGAGCGUGCCCGUGCCCUUGAGCUUGAGCUUAAGGCCGAAGUGCAGUUAAUGGAGGGCAAACUUGAGGCCAUGCGCAUACGUGCCGAAGAGGUAUCAUCUAGUGCUGCUGGUGACUCUCAGGCGAAGCUGCUACGUCAGAUCGAAACGCUACAGACACAGUAUUCCAUUGCCAGUGAGAACUGGCAAGGGAUUGAAACUACGUUGCUGGCACGUAUUGCUGGUUUGGAGAAGGAACGCGACGAGGCAGUCCAAAGAGAGUCAGAGAUGAGGAAAAAAGCACGGGAAGCAGCUUUGCGUGCCAAGCGUCAGGAAGAAGAACUGGAGGAGACAAGAGCCAAGCUCCCAAACAUCCAGGAAGAGGUCAAGUCUUAUCAAGUCCAAGUGAGCGCACUUAAAAAGCGUGCCGAAGAAGCUGAAGCUGCCCUUGCAAAGGCAACCGCCGAAUUUGAAAAGCAGAAGCAAGCUUGGGAGGUCGAAAGGGAGGAACAGCGUCAGCUCCAGUCCUCGGAACGGCCCCGGUCAUGGCUCGAAGAGCUGCCCAGUGCCUCGUUUCUCAAGCAGGCCGAAAGCCGGCCUGACUCGCCACAACUUACUGUACCACAGAGAGCCUUUAGCACCGACUUCCUCGGGAUCCAGAACUUUUCAAGCAGCAAGUUGCGUAAGGCUUCGGCUCCUCCCAGCGAAGCGGGCGGCAUGCCCUUCUCUCUCAGCAGCAGCCGUCGUCCCUCUGCUCAGCCCCCUGGUCGCCCCAGCAUCACUCCUCAAUUAGGUGCGGGAAGCAGCGGCGUCUUCAGUCCAGUCUCGCUUUUCUUCAGCCCAACUUCCGAGGCUGCCCCGCCAAAUCCCCUUGCUACGGCAGCUGCUCCGACAAGAGGAGGAGCAGACGAAGCGGCGUCUUCUAUUUUUGAAGGUAUUGAGCGCACUACUUCCCCUCCUCCGCACAAUCCGACACAGACGAGCACGGUUACUGGCACGGCCACCACAACUGGUGCUGGUGCUGGUCCUGCUACUAGUGCGGGCACCCCACAGCAAACCCUCCAGGACAUGGUCUCAGUCUCGACCGUGGCCGCAGGGCCCUCAGUGCAACUAGUCGAGCGCAUGUCGGCCGCCAUCCGGCGGCUCGAGAGCGAAAAGAUCGCUGCACGCGAGGAGCUGGCACGCAUCUCACGCCAGCGAGACGAGGCACGCGCUGAGAUCGUCACAUUGAUGCGCGAGAUAGAACAAGGGCGUGCGGCGGCACAGCGGACGGCCGAGCUCGAAAAGGAACUCAAGGAUGUCCGUCAGCGUUAUGAGACUACGCUGGAAUUGUUGGGGGAGAAGAGCGAGGAGGUGGAAGAGCUGAAGCAAGACGUAGCUGACUUGAAGAGUAUGAUGAGGGAGCUGGUAGAGAGGACUGUGAAGUGA